UUAAAUAUUUUGCGAAAGUUUUCCGAUUUGUGUCCACAACCGGUGGUCACCGAAGAGGACAACAAAUCAAAGAUCAGAUUAUUGGCUGUUUUCGGUGAUAACGGAGAAGAAGUGAUAGCCAUUACCGCCGAUGACCGGGUCUACGGCUUCGGGACCAACCGUUUCGGGCGAUUGGGUCUCGGAGUGAAUGGUUUGAUCGCAAGACCGCAACUGAACGCCACUCUCACCGGAAAGAAGAUAACGAAGAUAUGCUAUGGUUUGGGACAUUGUAUUGGACUGACCCGUAGUGGACAGUGCUAUGGAUGGGGACAUAACUCGUGCGGUCAACUCGGCAUCGGGUCUGUGGCCGACACACCGACUCCUCAACCAAUCAAAACAUUUAGCCUUUCAUUACAACUCAAACCAGUGGUGGGCAUCUCAUGCGGUGAUAAUCACAGUCUUGUGCUGACCAAAGACCACCUUAUCUACGGCUUUGGAGCCAACGAUCGGCGCCAAUGCGGCCAAACAGAGGGCGAAAUGAUUUGUACGCCAACUAAAGUGACAAUCAAUGCUAAGUUUCUGACCAUUUAUUGCGGUCGUAACCAUUCGGCCGCUCUGACCACUACUGGAUCAGUAUAUCUGUGGGGCAGUAAUGACUGUCAACAGUUGGGUCCCGAAGCGGUGUCAGUCGCCGGUCAGACGUACUGUUGUCCGCAACCGUUAAAAGGUCCCAAUAAUCGCAUUUAUCGACAACUGUUCUGCGGACCCGACCAUACGGUAGUGAGGACACCGGCGGACACUAUCUAUUGCUACGGUCUUAAUAUCUGGACAUAUAAUCAAAAAAGUGAUCACUUGUUUAACGCAAUCAAAUUAAUCCGAGAGUCGAUACAAUCGAUGAAUAUCCGCACCGAAAGCGAUGAAGAGAUCUAUUUCUCUGAUCCCGACGACGAAGAAGGCGUUCGAUUGCGUACUAAUACGGGAACCGUUGACAAGAAGGCCACCACUUGUUGUGAUCCGAUUGUAGAUUGUUUUCAAAAGCAUUUGUUGAAAGCGUUUAACAAUCGAUUGGAUUCUGAUUUAAGAUUUAAAGUCGAAAAUCAGUUCAUUUAUUGUCACAAAACUGUUCUCAAGAUUAGAAACAAAGAGUUUUGGGAAAUAUGUGAACAAAAUAUGUUUACCGAACGGGAGAUUGAAAUGAAUGCCUAUUCUUAUGACACAAUUAAAGCGUUUCUCAUGUUUUUGUAUGGAUUGCGACCCGAAGUUAAUGACCAGAACUGUCGACAACUGUUAGGAUUGGCUGAAGAAUACGGCGAAAAGCGACUGAAAGACAUUUGUUGUAAUUUAGUCUAAUUUUUAAAAGAUAUUUUUCAUUAUUUUAACUAUUUUU